AUGAGCGCUGUUCUACCAGGAAAGCCGCGGUCAAGGCUUCAAGGCCUUGCCAGUGGCUCUUGGGCUAACAGACACGUCAACGCUUAUAUCACUGGCAGUGCGCUGACUAUUUUGGAUGACCCGCAAAAAGUCGUACAGACUAUUUACGAUGACAACGACGACGAGCUGGAAGCUAUCGCUUUCGAUGACGCGAGUGGCAAGAUAGCUGUCUGUACCACCGACUCAAUUCGAGUGUAUCGGCCGAGCGCUCGACCAGAAGAUCCAUUCAAGUGGGCAUUAGAGGCAUCCUUCGAAACACCACGAGCCGCAACUGGCGAGUCGUUCGCUUUGUCGUGGGGCCGAGAGGAGGAACUCCUUGCUGCGUCAUCUUCAUUGUCGCUAUAUUCCACGAAAGCAGAAAUACGAUGCUCCUGGCAGAAAGCACUCCCAAAUAGAGCCAAAGUGGCAAGCCUCUCCGCCGAUUCAGCCUACAUCGCCUCCAUUUCAGACCACGACAAAUUGCCAAAGGUAUGGCGUCGUUUAGCCUACGGCCGAGACGAAGUUCGAUUCGACCAUUCAUACCUACCACACCCGGAUGUUGUUACUAUGGUGCGCUGGCGUAAGCCUCUCCAUGUUGACCAAUCUGCGACGAAUGUUCUCUAUACGCUUUGCCUAGACGGCCUGGUUCGCAUCUGGACCCCUACGGAGACUGCAGAUGGGCAACACUGGCAACUUUGGGGAUCGAUCGAUAUCAACGAACCCACCAGAGACCCAGCAAACGAUCCAUCUAGCUGGAUCGUUUGUAUUAUAGACGGGCGAGAGUUCAUGCCCUGUGUGGAGCAUCUAGUUCAGGUGCGCAUGUCCGAUGAUCCCACCACGGACGAAGUAGCUAUGGAACACUUGGUAGCCGUUGCAAACAAGACACCGGAAAUAUGUCUAGCGAUAAACCGCAAUGGCACCAUGUCGGCUUGGGCUCUGGACAAUGUUGGCAACAAUAUGCCUGAAGGCGAUCGUGUGUUCAACAUUGCUCAAGUCAGAUCUCCGGCUUUUGAAACGCUCGGGGGCUUCAGAACUUCUUCGGAGGCAUACCAUAUUGAAGUGCAGUCAUACUUCGACAAGAAAACUGGUGGCUCCCGCCUGGAAUUUGAACAAGAUUAUGAUACACACAACGUUAUUCAGGACCUGGAUUGGACUUCAACGCCGGAUGGAUCAGCAUGGGCACAAAUCCGCGAAAUAAGCAUACGAGAGCUUACUCCUCAUCCUAUUGGGGAUUCAACGUGGCUUGGGGAUGGUCAUCUUGUUAUCGGCGCUGGGAACCAAUUAUUUGUCCAGGAUCGACUUGUCAGUAGCGAUGAUGCUAACAGCUUGGAUAUUCGCUUACCACAGCGGCGUGACGGUUCAUGGGAUAUAUUUGAAGCCGUUCAGCGAUUUAAUGGUCCCCUACCGAUCUUUCACCCGCAAUUCUUGAGCCAAUGUGUUCUCUCCGGAAAAGUCAUGCUGGUUGGGCGAAUUCUCAAGGCACUGCACAAGGCUUUAAAAUACCUGGUACCUGGAGAACCCGUCGACGAUUAUGUGGGAUUGGAUGUGACUGAAAUAUAUGGGGAAACACAUACAACAGCUCCAAUUUCCAAGAAGGGCCAAGUGCAGUAUUUAAAUUCUGACAUUGGCGACGAUGACGACGAGGAGGAGCCCUUUCGAGAGACUACAGCUGCUUCGAUCAACGAAGUAUUAAAGAAAGUUCGCAUUCCACAGCUGUCUGGACAUGAACAAAUCCAACUCAUGGACAUGAUUGAGUGCGCUGCGUUCGUUGAGAAGCACCGUCGAUCCAUGGAUGAGAAUGGGGCACGUUUUAUGCUAUUCUUCCGCCAGCACGCACUUCGGAAAGGCCGAACCAGUGAGAUCAUGUUGUCCUGGAGAGAAAUGAAUUGGGCGUACCACUCCACCACCCAGGACAUUCUUGUUGACUUCGUUGCACGGCAGACACAUGGUCCUAUGCUCUGGAAGCAUGCCCGGGAAAGCGGUCUUUUCAUGUGGAUGACAGACGUGUCUGCUAUGCGAGCACAAUUUGAGAUCGUGGCAAGAAACGAAUACACCAACAGCGAAAUCAAGAGUCCUGUCGAUUGCAGUUUGUUUUACCUGGCUUUGAAAAAGAAAACUGUGCUCCAAGGUCUUUGGCGCAUGGCUACUGGAAACAAAGAGCAAGCAGCGACGCAACGCUUACUAUUGAAUAAUUUUGAAGAGGACAAGUGGAAGACAGUGGCUCAGAAGAAUGCAUAUGCAUUGCUAAGCAAACGUCGAUUUCAAUACGCUGCGGCCUUUUUUCUUCUUGCUGGUAGACUCGAUGAUACAGUUGACAUAUGCCUCCAUCGGUUGAAGGACAUGCAGCUGGCCAUUGCAGUUGCUCGCGUCUACGAAGGUGAUAGGGGCCCCGUUUUGCGCAGGCUGUUGCAAGACGAAGUCUUACCAUUGGCGGCUCAAGAAGGAGAUAGAUGGUUGGCAUCAUGGGCUUUCUGGAUGCUUGGACGAAAAGACAUGGCUGUACGAGCACUAAUAACACCAGUUUAUACACUGUUGGAGACGCCAUGCUCGCCAGAUUUUCGAUCGCGGCUGUUUCUGACAGAUGAUCCGGCUUUGAUUGUUCUUUACGGACAACUGCGCCACAAAAGCCUACAAACCUUGCGUGGUGCAUCAAAAGUGAACCCGAGAAUAGAGUGGGAGUUUGUCUUGCACAGCGCGAAAUUAUAUGAUCGCAUGGGCUGUGAUCUGCUAGGUUUGGAUUUAGUGAGAAACUGGGAAUUUCAGCAACCAUCCUUGGCAGGCAUUGGUGGGGAAGUUAAUCCGCUGAAGCUCCUGCGGCGAAGGAGCUCUCUUGUUGUCAACGAUCUACCUUUGAUGCAACUACAAACAGGGGUGCCGAGCUUGAAAGAAGGACACUCGAAAAAGGAAGCUCGAGCUCCGACCACUUUCGAAGAGCCGGAUGCAGGCUCGCUGCUUGAUAGCUUCGGGUUAUGA